AUGGGUUCUCUGGCCUUAGAGCUGUGCGCUCUCUUCUGCCUGGUGGCUCACUUGGUUUCUGGCAGCCCCAUCAUGAGCCUGGAGCGGUCGCCUCUGGAAGAAGAUAUGCCCCUGUUCGAUGAUGUCUUCUCAGAGCAAGAUGGUGUUGACUUCAACACAUUGCUGCAGAGCAUGAAAAAUGAAUUUCUCAAGACAUUGAACCUGUCUGACAUCCCUAUGCAGGAUUCAGCCAAGGUUGACCCGCCAGAGUACAUGUUGGAACUCUACAACAAAUUUGCAACCGAUCGGACCUCCAUGCCGUCUGCCAACAUCAUUAGGAGUUUCAAGAAUGAAGAUCUGUUUUCCCAACCAGCCAGUUUUAAUGGGCUCCGAAAAUACCCUCUCUUCUUCAAUGUGUCCAUCCCUCACCACGAAGAGGUCAUCAUGGCUGAACUCAGGUUGUACACGCUGGUGCAAAGAGAUCGCAUAAUAUAUGAUGGAGUAGACCGGAAAAUUACCAUUUAUGAAGUACUAGAGAGCAAAGGGGACAAUGAGGGUGAAAGGACCAUGCUGGUCUUGGUGUCAGGGGAGAUCUAUGGAACCAACAGUGAGUGGGAGACUUUUGAUGUUACCAAUGCCAUCAGACAUUGGCAAAAGUCAGGCUUAUCCACCCACCAGCUGGAGGUCCACAUCGAGAGCAGACAGGAUGAAGCCGAGGACGCUGGCAGAGGACAACUAGAAAUAGACACCAGUGCCGAGAAUAAGCAUGACCCUUUGCUUGUCGUGUUUUCUGAUGACCAAAGCAGUGAGAAGGAGGGGAAGGAGGAACUGAGUGAAAUGAUCGCCCAUGAGCAACUUCUGGAGUUGGACAACCUGGGCCUGGAUGGUUUUUCCAGUGGACCUGGGGAAGAGGCAUUGCUGCAGAUGAGGUCAAACAUCAUUUAUGACUCCACUGCCCGCAUCAGAAGAAAUGCCAAAGGAAACUACUGCAAGAGGACCCCACUCUACAUCGACUUCAAGGAGAUUGGCUGGGACUCUUGGAUCAUUGCUCCGCCUGGAUACGAAGCCUACGAAUGCCGUGGUGUUUGCAACUACCCCCUGGCAGAGCAUCUCACACCCACAAAGCAUGCAAUUAUCCAGGCCUUGGUCCAUCUCAAGAAUUCCCAGAAGGCUUCCAAAGCCUGCUGUGUGCCCACCAAGCUAGAGCCCAUCUCCAUCCUCUAUUUAGACAAAGGUGUCGUCACCUACAAGUUUAAAUAUGAAGGCAUGGCCGUCUCUGAAUGUGGCUGUAGAUAGAAGAGGAGUCCUGUGGCUUAUUUAAUAACUGUAAAUGUGUAUAUUUUGUGUUCCUAUUUAAUAAGAUUAUUUAAUAAGAUUAUGUACAGAUCAUAGAGUCUUGCUACCUUAGGGAAUUUGACAGGUCAGUUUGUUGUAGGAAAUGCAUUUUUGCUAUGCAGUCUAGACCCUUCCAAUCUGUUUUUCUUCAGACUUGCCAUUUCCCGGCAAUACCAUCUCUAACAGCAAGUGGC